UUAUCACUUUUUUACCCCGGACAAUUAAAACUGCAACACAAACGUCGGACAAACGCCACCAUCAUCAGGCACACACUGUUUUCUCAGCUAAAACGAGUCAACUCGGUUUGGAGCUUUAAUUUAUUUGGCAAUUUUGAAGGAAAUCUUAGAGAGCUAUGUAUAACUUCAUCAAUUCCGUCUAGCAAGGAUGCCAGGCAUUCCUCUCGUGGCUCGUGAAACUGCGAAUUGUGUUUGCAAUUGCAGUUACCCUAGAGGUGCAGAUCACAUGUGUCGCCAAGAUCCCCGUGCACAUUUGUCUGCAGAAGAGCAGAUUGCAGCUGAGGCGAGCCUUUCAAUUUACUGCAAGCCAGUUGAAUUGUACAAUAUUCUUCAGCGCCGUGCUGUCAGAAAUCCAUCGUUCCUUCAAAGAUGUCUGCGAUACAAAAUACAAGCAAAACACAAAAAAAGGAUUCAAAUGACAAUCUCGCUACCGUCAAUUGUAAAUGAUGAAUCUAGAAUUCAAAAUUUAUUUCCUUUGUGUAUAAUUUUAGCAAGACCAGUUUAUAGUCCUGCGGUUGUAGAGGAUUCAGCAGUUUAUAAUUACAGUCGAGAAUGUAUAUUGACUAAAUGUACUGGAGAUGAUAGAAUGAACCAAGAUCAAGCGAAUUUUAUUCUCCCCGAGAUCAACAAACUAUCAGCAGAAGUCAAAUCUGGUUCACUUUCUAUUUUGUUUAUCAGUUGUGCUGAAUUGUUUAAGGAGCAUGUGGAAGGGUCAUCAUUCCCAGCUAAUGCUGGAGGCCAAUGCUUACUGGGUAAAAUCCCAAUGGAAUUACUUCAAUUAUCUUGGGAGAAGUCGUUGACAUUGAGUAGUGGGGGGAGAGCUGAGAUGCUGUCGACCGUCGACUUGCAUUCCUGCUUCAUGAAGACGAGCUGUUUCGGAGAAGACAAAUGUUUUUCGUUUCAUAGCCCUCAUGCAGGAGUUACGGCUAUUUCUCAACAACUGCAAGUAAGCAUUGUAGCCGAAGAAGCUGGGGCCAAGGAGAGGUCUCCUUAUGAUUUUUUCUCAUACAACGACGUCCCUUCAUCUACUUUACCUCAGAUUAUUAGGUUGAGGACUGGGAAUGUUGUUUUCAACUACAAAUACUAUAAUAACAAGUUGCAGAGAACUGAAGUGACGGAGGACUUUGCAUGCCCUUUCUGUUUGGUCAAAUGUGCAAGCUUUAAGGGUCUGAGAUAUCAUUUGCCCUCCUCACACGACCUCUUCAACUUUGAAUUUUGGGUAACAGAGGAAUUUCAAGCUGUGAAUGUAUCUGUCAAGACUGAUACAUGGAGGUCUGAGAUUGUUGCAGAUGGUGUUGAUCCUAAGCAGCAAACUUUUUUCCUUUGUUCUAGGGGAUCACGUCGCAGAAAACUUAGGAGCGUAGUUCAGAGUUCAAAGCAUGUCCAUCCCCUCGUCAUGGACACGGAAAUGCCGGGAUCAAUCGUUGAGCUUCGAGAAAAGACUGAUGGUAUAGGAGAGAGUGGGGACCGUGACGCCUCCAGUCCCAGGGUUUCGUCGGCCACAGCUCAUUCAUAUGCAGACCCAGAAUGUAUUCAGUCAUUGCCUGGAAGCAACCUCACACCUCCAGCCUUACUACAGUUUGCAAAGACGAGGAAGUUAUCGAUUGAGCGUUCGGACCCUAGAAAUCGCGCCCUCUUGCAGAAGCGGCAGUUCUUUCACUCACAUAGAGCUCAACCCAUGGCCAUGGAGCAAGUCCUUUCAGACCGUGACAGUGAGGAUGAAGUCGAUGAUGACGUUGCAGAUCUUGAAGAUCGAAGGAUGCUUGAUGACUUUGUGGAUGUCACGAAAGACGAGAAGCAGUUGAUGCAUCUCUGGAAUUCUUUUGUUCGUAAACAAAGGGUACUAGCAGAUGGGCAUAUUCCUUGGGCUUGUGAGGCUUUCUCCAACUUGCACGGACAUGAUCUUAUUCGAACACCAGCAUUACUUUGGUGUUGGAGAUUAUUGAUGAUUAAACUCUGGAAUCACGGCCUUCUUGAUGCUCGCACCAUGAACAAUUGUAAUAUAAUUCUCGAGCAAUUCCAAAACCAAGACGCGGAUCCAUGAAAACGACGUGGCGAUUGUGGACCUUUGGUGUUUUAUAUUUAGGCUUGAGAAGUCAUGCAAAUUCUUAAAUUAACUGUUUAUUUUAUCUUUAUAUCCUUUUAUUAAUUUAUGUAAUUUUACUUUGUUAUUGGAUAGUGCUUUCGAACAUGUAAAAAUGGUUGAUUAUAAUAGGUAUUGAAAUUCAAACACUGUCGUUUGGGUACA